GAUAUUAAAUUGGAUCAUUGUAAACAAACAUGCGGCUGUAGGAGAACAAACAGUUGUUGGAGUCUUGAUGCUAGGGUAACUGCUGUCAAUCAGAUUGCAUUUGUUUUAGAGUCACUCACUAAUGCUGUUCAGGGUGCUUAGUUACCAAAGAUACACAGAAGCUGCCCAGCCUUCUAGCUUUCAGGGAAGUUUGUCUAAUUCAGUAUGUAAAACAGGCUGGUUUCAGCAAACAAGUAAUGCCGGUCUCUGAAAACAAUUCUAAAGGAAUGAGUGGUCCCUGGAUUUCUUUGGCUCAUAUUUUAAAGGUGCAGGGAAAACCUCUGAGUGAGGAGGAAGUGUGGGCACUGCUUUUUGCAGCUACAGAGCAUAUUGAGAAGGAUGCAACUGUUGAUUCAAACACAAUCUCGCCUUGGUCCCUUGUGCUUUCAGGAUCUGGUAAUCUGUCUUUCCAUGUUGUAUCUCAUCCUGAAACUGUUCCAUUUAAAGCUCCAGAAGUGUUCCGAGAGUCUAAACAGACUUAUAAGUCACUGGUGUAUUCCUUAGGUAUGACUCUUUACUGGGCAGCAGGAUACAAUGUUCCAGAUCAUCAGCCUAUAGAUAUUGGACAGAAAUUACACUCCAUUCUAAUUUCCAUGUGUGAAAAGGGUCCUUGGCACCGACCCAGCACAGAAAUAAUUAUGCAGAGAUGUAAGGAGGAGCAAAAACAGGCUACCUUGCUCUCCCCUGCUUUCUAUAUCCAAGGGCUGGUAAGCCCAGUUGUGGACAGCAUGUGCCAGCAAGAGGAAGAGUUCUCAAAAAUGCAGUAUGCCCAGAGCCAAAUGAUAAGAGAAAGACUUCAACAGAAAUAUGAAAGAUCCUCUACGUGCAUGGCCAGUUCUGCAGGAGCAAGAUCUUUGCCUUGUGUAGUGCCUGACAAGAUUCUCAGCAAUUCCCACAGCAGACUGUAUCAUCUCUCUGUUAGCAGCCUUCAGAGCCCAACACACAGCAUUGGAGCCAAGGAACAGACAGAUUUAUAUCGUUCUGUGCAGAACCAUCUCUCUCCUUUCAGCACAGCCUUCUCCAGUGGGGAAUAUGAAACACAGUUCAAUCCUGCAUUUGCACAGAACAGAAACCUCCAUCAAGAGAAGAGUACUCGCCCUGAAUUUGUGUUAAACUCAAAGGAACCCCCUGUCACAAUGGAGCUCCCAGCUAUGAUUGUAAACAAAAAAGGAAAAUCCUACCUGUGUCAAAGGACUCUUUAUGUAAUAAUUCCAAGUGGCCUUUGUUUAGAGAUAAAAUGUGACAUCAGAUCUCAAGUGCGAACAGUUCUUGAAUGUGCAGCAACUUUUGCCAGACUCAAUCAAAAUCAAUCUUUUUACUUUGGAUUGGCACAUAUGACAGGAAAGGAAUUUUUCUUUUUGGAUGAAGAUGAUCUCUUAGAAAAGGUGGCACCUGAAGGUUGGAGUAAGACCUCCAAGAAGAAAGCAACCAUCGUAGCCUUUACUCUUUUUUUCAGGAUCAAGUAUUUUGUCCAGAAUUUUAGUGCACUAAAACACUGUCCAAUGAUUCAUCUGAUUUACCUGCAGUUGCGGAAGGAUAUACUGGAGGAGAGGUUAUUUUGUAAUCGAGAGAUGGCCUUACACAUGGGGUCCCUGGCCUUGCAAGCUGAUAUAGGAGAUUAUUCACAAGAGAGGGAUUACUACCAUAUGGAAGACUUUCUGCCACCUGGAGUUCUGCAAUCCCCAAGAACAAUUCAAGAACUGAAACAGCUGCAUCAGAGUCACUUUGGAUUAUCAAGGGAAGAAGCAGUACUAGCAUUCAUUCGGGUGGCUCAGCAACUUCCAGAAUAUGGUGUGUUGUUUUAUCAUGUGCUUUUGGAUAAAAAGAAAACCAGGAGUGAUGAUCAUACAUUGGGGAUCUGCUGUCAAGGUAUUAUUCUGUAUGAAGAGAGAAUGGGCAGUCGAAUAGCCAGCCUACGCUUCUCAUGGAGAGAAAUACAGACACUAUCAGCAUAUAAAAAGAAAUUUACAGUGUUGAGCUGCUCAACUGGUAAGAAGCAUUCUUUCCUCACAAACAGUGAAAAGACAUCUAAAUAUAUUCUUGGCUUAUGCUCAUCCCUGAGAACCUUCCACACUAAUCUCAGACAACAACAAUGUGCGGAGGAGAUGUGGAUACUUGACCCAGAGUAUAUAAACCCACACUACAGUGCCCAAAGGGAUCAGCUGAUGCGGAAAAUGUCUAGGUCAGAAAACAUCCUGUGCUUUGCAAAUGAUAACAACAUGAGAGGAAGAAUCCUAAGCAAGUCACGUGACACCAUAAGUGGCAAUGACAGGACUGGUGAGGACAUCAGUAUCUGCAGGGCAACUGAGGAUGUAGAAACUCCCCGGCACAGCAAUGGCUACCUGUCUAUUCACUCUAGUAGGAGUGCAUCCUGUAAUAUGAGCUUCAAAGAACAAUCAUUGGAGGGGGCAGAAAGGGAAAUUGUGUGUGUGAAAUUGAAACGGGACCCUUCAUAUGGACUAGGUUUUAUGAUUGUUGGAGGGGAGAACAUCGGGAAGCUUGAUCUUGGAAUUUUUGUAGCAUCAAUAAUUCCUGGUGGACCAGCUGAACGUGAUGGGCGCAUUAAAACUGGUGGACGAUUGAUUUCUGUGAAUAACCUUAGCUUGGAAGGAAUGACAUUUAAAAGUGCUGUGCAAAUUUUGCAGGGAUGUGGUGAAGAAGCUGAAUUUAUUUUCUCCCAAGAAAAAGCCGCACAUAGUCAGUGCAGUCUCAUAAAUAGGCAAAUCUCCAGCAUAUCCUGUGAAGGCAGUGAAAAAAGCAGUGUUACUUUGGACACAUACAGUUUACCAUGUGGAACUGCUUAUAGUCCAUGUUUUCCGUGUGAUCCAAGUAGUGCUGGUACCCAUGGUGUGUUUUUCAACAAAGAGAAUGAAUCACAGGAAGCAUCACAGAGGAAAAAUUCUGAGAAGAACACAAUAGGAAGAGGUAGCACUGAAUUAAAACCUGGUGAUGUGUUUUCAGUGCAACUGAAGAGAGAGGGUAGGAGCCUUGGUUUCAGUGUCACGGGAGGGGUGAACACCAGUGUCCGGCAUGGUGGAAUUUACAUAAAAAAUAUCAUUCCUUUAGGACCUGCAGACUUGAAUGGACAAAUCAAGAAGGGAGAUCGUUUGCUGGAAGUUAAUGCAGUUCAUAUCCUUGGAUUCACCCACCGGCAGGCUGUAGAAUGUCUCAGAAAUGCUGGAGAGUUGUUAACCUUAGUCCUACAAAGAGGAGGUGAUAUGGAAAAUACAGCUUCAGGAAGUGGCCAUGAAUUUCCUGAAUCUACAAGGACCACACCAAUUUUCUGUGAAUCCAGCAGUACAUUAUUUGUUCCUAAAGACAACACCUUUGAGGUAACUCUAAUAAAGAAUUUGGGCGGCUUAGGAUUCAGCUUUGUGCAGACUGGAACUGGUACAUCUGGAAGAGCUGACAACAUUGUAAGGAUAAAAAGGCUGUUCCAGGGCCUGCCAGCACAGGAGAGUGGACAUAUCGCAGCUGGAGAUGUAUUGCUUGCUGUGAAUGGACAGUCUAUCCAAGGAAUGAAUUAUCAGGAAGUUGUGCACAUAUUGCAUGGAGCUCCCUCCCAGGUGACUCUUUUACUCUGCCGACCAGCAAAAGGGGCCCUUCCUGAAAUCGAUUUUUCUCUACCGACUCCAAUGCCAUCCCCUGUGAGAGACAUUUUAAGAAUUAAGUCACCAGUCUGUGACCUGGGUAAUACAGCAAGUGUAUCAGAAAGGGAAAAAAACAGUUAUGAAGCCAUAGACACAAGGAGACAUCCCUCCCUAAUGCACUCCACACUUGCACCAGCCUCAGAAACAAUGACUGCAUUGGCACAAGAUGUCCAACAAAACUGUUACUGCAUUUGUGAACAGGGAUCGCAGGAAAGCAAAAUAAAUAAGAGAGUUGGAGGAGACGGGUUGGAAGAAUCUCAGAUACUCAGCGAUGAAGAGUACCUUACAAUAAGUUCUACAUCUAUCACUCCUCCUUCUAUGGGAGAAGUUUUAGAUGAAGAGACAGCUGUUUAUGGGACACCACAGCCACGUGGUCUCAUCCCUCUUCCAGAAUCCUUUGCUUCUCCAGAGUCUAGUGAAAGUGAGAGUGAAUGGGAAGACUUAGAUGAAAAUGAUGAGGAGGAGGAGGGCAUUGUCUCACUGGGACUUCAUAGUGAGAAAUCAAUGGCCUUGCAUUCAUGCACACCCUUAAGAUGGUGUCCUCAACCAGCUACCCCAAACAAAAGAUAUAAAGUGUCCUCUCCAAUAAGAUGGACUCAUAUUUCCUCAACUGUAUUAAAACUGAAAACCCACUCUCCAAUGAGAAAUGUCACCCUUUCCUAUCCAACAAUCAAAAUUUCCUCUCCUUCUUUCUUAACAAUGCAGCAAGUCCAGUGCUCUUUGAAUCCUGCAUCUUGCAGACUGCAGGUGCCAUUAGCUUUGCAGCAUGGCAGAUCCAAUAAUGAGAAAAAUAAUGGGGUCAGUACAUUACAUCAUAAGUCAGCUGAAGAAGCUCAGACUGAUUUGAACACAUCAAAUAAUACAGCUGAUCAAGAGGCUGGACUAAUGCAUUGCCAAUCUACCCAUCGGUCAGAAAGAAAAGACUAUCUGUGUCACUCGAAUGAAUAUAACAGUGCACUUCAUCAAAGCAGGCAGUAUGAAUUAAAACAUAACUUAGAAACUGUAAAAAAUAACUUUUUGGACCAUUCAAAUAAAAAUGAAGAACACAAUGAAUCUUCUGAUCUGUCAGAUGUUCAAAAGAACAGAUUACUUAGUGAACACACUGAACAAAGUUAUGACAAAAUACCAAAUUUAGAACACAUUUGGUCUGAUUUUCAUGCUAUUGAAACUGAAGAAACAAAUUACCUGCAAACUGAACUGCAACAUGAAGAGUUACCAGAAUAUCGAUGGAAGAAUAAUGAAAUACAGCAAGAAUACAUACAAGAGAAGCUCAGUACGAAUAUGAACAAAAAACAAAAAGUAGCUUUAUCGCAUUUGAAUUAUCCCACCAUCCAAACCGCUUGUAAUUCUGAACUAAAUCAGGACAGUCUUCUGAACAUUGACUUGGAGAAGCCAAGCAGUGGUAGUUUGGGGUUCUCACUGGCUGGGGGCAAGAAUGGAGAAAUGUUCCUAAUUAAAGCAGUAAGUCCUGGAAGCGUGGCAGCUAUUGAUGGGAGGCUGCAUGUGGGAGAUAUCUUAAUAAAGGUGAAUGGACAUGAAUUAGCGGGACUUACUCAUGGAAUAGCAGUUGGCAUAAUUCGUGAGGCCAAAGGACAUGUAAAACUCACAGUACAGAGAAGAAUCCCACAGUGCAGUUCUAAUAAAAAUCAUGCACUUGAAAGAGAUGAUCAGUGGCUCACAGCAGGCAUGAAAUUUCAAGGGCAGGAUACAUCAGAUGCAUCAGUGGAAUAUAUUCAUGUGCAAAACAAUAAUGACUUGUGUGUGAAGUCUAAAUCAUGCAGGAGCUUUUCUUUAGAGAAAGCCAAUGACUCAGGAAACUCUACCAUCAAGGAUGAGGAAAAUUCUCAAACUUUUGGCCCUUUGUUAAUCACUGAGGAGGAUUUGCAUUGCUUGCCCGUAAAUAAGCAAUUCUCAGAGUCUGAGAUCCAAGCUCUUGUCGUCACUGCACAGAGGCUUAUUCAAGAUCAAGAUCUUUACCAAGAGUUUUUGGCCUUGGAACACGAGAAACCAGCUGACUCUUUUCAUGUGGCUUCUGCACCUGAAAACCGUAACAAGAACAGAUACAGAGAUAUUCUGCCAUAUGACAGCACUCGUGUACGAGUAGGGGAUGAGGGGUACAUCAAUGCAAGUUAUGUCACUGUCCCAGUGGGAGAAAAAAAACUGCGGUACAUCUGCACACAGGGGCCUCUCCCAGACACUGUGAAUUAUUUCUGGCAGAUGGUAUGGGAGAACCACAGCUCAGUAAUCAUAAUGAUGACUCAAGAGAGAGAGAGUGGGAAAGUGAAGAGUGAACAAUACUGGCCAGAGCAAAUUCAAGAAACCUGGAAAGGGGAGAAUCUUUCUUUAAGGUUGGAAAAGUGUAAUGCAUUGCAAGACUUCACUAUACGAAUUAUGACCUUAUUUCAAAAAGAGACAGGGGAAAAUAGGCUCAUCACACAUUUGCAGUUUACCACGUGGCCUGAUCACAGUACUCCUCAGUCUCCUCAGUCUCUGCUUCACUUUCUUUGUUACUUACGGAGAUUCCACAAUGAAUGGCCUUUGGUUGUGCACUGUAGUGCUGGAAUUGGAAGGACUGGUGUUUUAAUCUGUGUACAUGUGAUACUUACAUAUUUGGAACAAGGCAUACAGUUUCAGAUCAAAGAUAUUGUAAAGACAAUGAGGCAGCAGCGCUAUGGAAUGAUACAAACUAAGGACCAGUACAUAUUUUGUUAUAAGGCUCUGCUGACAGCACUAAGGCUUCUUCCAUAUGUGGACCACACAGACCUCUGUAUUCUAGAAAAAUGAAACAGCGUUGGAAUUAUGGCACACUGAAACAGACCAUCUUGUCAAGCUGGAUAGGAAGAUGACUAAUGAACACAGUGUAGUAGAUUAUGUAGUCCAAGCACAACCUUGCCUUUUAAUUUGUAGAUAUGAUUGCUGCUAAUAUUUCUUAUUAAAUACAGGAAUCAAUGAUACAUGAAAAUUUCACAGAGAUGUUGCUAAACUGAUGUGUUAAAAUUCUGAUGUCCAACAUUGAUGGGGCUUGGGGCCCUUAAUAAAUGCAAUAUUAAUAGGAAACAAUAGGAAAUGUACACAUAAAACAUGGGAUUAACUGUAGUAUAUAAUAUUUUAUUUUAGAGAAUGUUUUGCAUAAACAUAAUACACAUACCAUAAAUGUAUUUAAUAGUAGUUUGCAAUUAAUUAUAAAUGACUCAUGACACAGUAA